AUGGGAACGAAGAAGGUGACCUCCUCAAAGAGGAAGAAGAAGGCGGAGCCGAAGACGGACAAAACAAAAUGGACAGACGACGAGGAUGAGCUGCUCGUGUCCACAUGGUUGAACGUGAGCCAGGAUCCGGUAGUUGGAACAGAUCAAACUAAGGAGACGUACUGGGGCAGGAUUGCCAAGUACUUCAACACGUAUAGGAAGCCGAAUAUGAUGCCUAAGUCGGACAAAGCUUUGAUCAACCACAUGAAGCUCAUUACGGACGCAGUUAGCAAGUUUGCGGUGCACGUGAGGAAGGUCGAGCAGCUCAAUCCUAGCGGGACCAAUGAGCGUGACAAGUUAAGGUUGGGUUCCAAUGAAGCUAGAGGGCAUAUGUACUUAGGUCGUGUUCGUUUCCUGCUUCUGAUGGUACGGGCUUGCACAGUAUACAAGGGGAUUGAGGGGCAGCCUUUUGCUUACACGCACUGUUGGGUGAUGCUUGCCGAUCACCCCAAGUGGCAUGCCCACGAGUCCACCAAGGCGCAGAAGAUACAAGAGGGUGCCGAAGCACAGUCCAGCCCAACUGCUUGCAACGAAUUACCGAACGACGCAGCAUCUAACGCAUCGGCUAAGCUUCCUAGGCUCGUAGGAAGGGACGCAGCUAAAGCGGCUUGUGCUCGAAAAUCAGUUUCCAGUACAUUUUUGCCUACCGUGUCGGGUGGGAUGUACCAAACUCAACUGAUCGACAUUAGUGAAACAAAGAAGGUUAUGGUGGAGCUGAAGAAGGAGCAGAUUUCGGUCAUACGUCUUCACGCAUCCGUCUGA